AUCAACUCCAUACUUGGAAAACGGACCCAACCCUUCUUAUUCUUUUUCUUCCUAUCAUUUAAAACCCCACUGCCUUGUUUUCCUUUCACUAUCUUAUCCGUCUCCAAAGCUCAUUUCCUCACCAUGUCGUACACCACUUACCAUGGAGUCUUAUCAUUUUUUUUCUUGCUUUUCUUGCUCCUUUCUUCGCCGCCUUCUUUCGCACAGAACUUCCACCAAGAUAAAGAGAAUUACGCUCAUUUCAGCCCUUCUAUGGCCAUAAUCAUUGUUAUUUUGAUUGCCACUUUUUUCUUCGUGGGUCUUUUCGCCAUUUACAUAUGGAAUUGUUCCAACGUCUACACCAACAGACAGAGUAUUUGCCCCGUUGCCAGGCGUUCAAUGCGCGGCACGUAUGGGCUAGACACAUCGGUGAUUGAGACUUUUCCCAUCAUGGUUUACUCCGAAGUUAAGGUUCUUAAGAUAGGCAAAGAAGCUCUGGAGUGCGCAGUUUGCUUAAACAAAUUCGAAGACGAUGAAACACUGCGCCUAAUACCCAAAUGCGACCAUGUUUUCCACCCUGAAUGUAUUGACGUUUGGUUAACUUCUCAUCCCACUUGCCCCGUUUGUAGAGCCAAUCUCAUUCCUCAACCAGGUGACCUCAUGAGUCAACUCACUAUGUUAAAUAACACCACCCCCGAGUUAGACCUUAAGGCUCAGAAUAAUGGCAGUAACUCAGAACCAGAAGAAGAAAGGAGCAUAAAUAACAACGUUGUUAAUUGUCAGGUAGAGGCUCAAGUGGCUUCGAAGGUUGAAGUGAAUAAUUUGAACGUAACUUUAAAUAGGAACCGUACACGUAGAUCAAGAUCUGGCCGCUCAAGUGAACUUUCUUUCCUGCGAUCUCACUCUACCGGACAUUCUUUGGUCCAACUGGGUGAGAAUACAGAUCGAUUCACUUUACGAUUACCAAUUUAUGUUCGGAAGCAGUUAGUGAACCAAAAGUUGAAUCAGGCAACAACCUUGGUGUUGCCUAGGGAAAGGAGUUCACGUCGAGGGUACCGAGCUUUAGAAGAUGGAGAGAGUAGUAGAGGGAAACUAGACCAUGGUGCCAAAUCAGACCGGUGGGUUUUUAGCAUGACACCACCAUUUUUUAAUAGAGCAUCCUCCAUGAAAUCACCAAAGGUGGCCACGCAUGAUGGUGAAGGAACAUCAAGUAAUUUGUGGGUUGGACCGGUGGCGGACUCAAGCCAUCUUCCGGUUUAAAAGGUUUGUUUAUCUUAUUAGUUUAUUAAUUGCUAUAUUAUAACUUAAAAGCCACGUGCUUUGUGUAGAUAUGUACAUUGUCUAUGCAAAUGAUUUCUUUAUUAUUAAUCAAAUUUUGGUUUAUUGAUUUUAA